UGUCAGUUCGGUGCUCGGUGCAUUUCGUUGACUCUCGCGAGACCCGGUGUGUUCGGAUGUACGUUGAAAUGUGCUUCAGUUAAUACCAAAAAAGGCCCACAGCAAGGAUUAUUAUCCCCACAUAGGAAAACCACAAACAGCUUCUUCUAAAUCAGAUGCAUGGGCCCAACCGCUUCGCCAUGGAUAGAAUAAUGGCCUUUUGCCAAAAAUCCUGAACCUACGGCCGUAGUCCAAAAGAAAAAAAAGACAUGGAGACAUUUCAAGAAGACGGAAAUUCCAGCACAUUUCGCGUCUAGACCUAGAUUCUGAUCGGUCAGCAUUAACCGGAGAUUCAAAAUGGGCAAGUGUUGCAGUAAAAGGCAGGAGCCUCAACCAAUUGGGUACAAAAAAGCUGAAACUGGGCUUAAUUCGAAACAUAGCAAUGGCGGUUCUUUGGACCGGUAUACUGCCGAUCCGAAUCAAAGAGGCGUUCUGGCUAGGGCGGAUAUUAUUCGUCCCAGGCCAACACCCUGUAAGCUUCAGAUUCCUCAUCAACCCCGUAAAUCAAGCUCGCCUGACAUAGUACCUGCAUCGCAUUCACAAAGGGCGAAUAAAAUUGUGGUAGCUCUUUACAACUACACAGCAAGAGAAAGCACAGAUGUGAGUUUUGUGAAGGGUGACCGAAUGGAAGUCUUGGACGACACUGAACCAGAUUGGUGGAAGGUUUUGCACCUUACGACUCUCCAGGAGGGCCUCAUCCCCUGGAAUUUCGUCGCAGUUGAACGUUCAGUCGAAAGCGAAGAUUGGUUUUUCGAGAAUGUCUCCAGAAAGGAAGCUGGAAAGUUGCUUCUGGUUGACGAAAACCCUCGUGGUACUUACCUAGUCAGACCCAGUGAACACAAUCCCAGAGGUUAUAGUUUAUCAGUAAAAGAUUGGGAAGAGGGAAGAGGUCAUCAUGUCAAACAUUACAAAAUCAAACCCUUGGACAAUGGAGGCUUCUUCAUCGCUACCAAUCAGACAUUCCCCACGUUACCUGCCCUCGUUAUGGCUUACAGCAAAAACGCGUUGGGACUUUGCCACGUGCUCUCGAAACCCUGUCCCAAGCCACAACCGGAUAUGUGGGAUUUGGGACCGGAAUUGCGCGAUAAAUGGGAGAUCAACAGGAACGAGAUCCAGUUGAUUCGGAAACUCGGUCAUGGGAACUUUGGCGAGGUGUAUUAUGGAAAGUGGAGGAACAAAAUCGAGGUUGCGGUGAAGACUCUGCGACCCGGAACGAUGUCGACGGAGGCCUUCCUCCAGGAGGCGGCAAUCAUGAAGCAGUUUAGGCACAGACACCUCGUCACACUUUACGCGGUUUGCUCCAAGGAAGAGCCGAUCUACAUCGUCCAGGAGUACAUGUGCAACGGAAGUUUGCUGGAUUUCCUGAGGACGGGCGAUGGAAAGUACAUGCAGUUCGAGGAUCUCAUUUAUAUUGCUGCUCAGGUCGCUUCCGGAAUGGAACAUCUUGAGAGCAAACAACUCAUUCACAGGGACCUUGCGGCCAGAAACGUCUUAAUUGGAGACCAAAAUAAGGCGAAGAUCUGCGAUUUUGGAUUGGCAAGAGUGAUCGAAGAUGAUGAGUAUUGUCCAAAGCAAGGAAGCAGAUUCCCGGUGAAAUGGACUGCACCUGAAGCCAUAGUUUAUGGACGAUUUAGUAUCAAGAGUGACGUUUGGUCCUAUGGUAUCCUCCUAAUGGAACUUUUCACCUACGGACAGGUUCCAUAUCCUGGAAUGCAUGGUCGCGAAGUGAUCGAGCAGGUGGACAAAGGCUACCGAAUGCCGAAGCCAGUGAAUCACCCACUGCCAGACAGCAUUUACCGACUGAUGUUGCAGUGCUGGGACUCGACACCCGAGAAAAGACCGACUUUCGAGUUCCUCAACCACUAUUUCGAGUCUUUUAAUGUGACCAGCGAAAUCCCCUAUCUCGAGCCGCCGACCGACUGAUACACGGCCCACAUGCAGACUCACAUGAUGCCGCAUGGUCACUUUCAUUCGGCGCACGUCAAUUGUGCCAUGGAGUUUUAUGGUAUUUAUUGUUGAAUCAAUCAACUAUCGCAAGCGAGUCCACUUGAAUCGUCGUCGUUCUCCGAAUAGAAACAGAACAAAAUUAUUCCAGGAGUUCGCAAAAAGCUGCCAGAAAUCGGAACGACUCGAUCCGUCAUUUUUUCGACAUAGAGUCUAUCUAUGAGUGAUCGAAGAACGAAUAACGUGCCAUGAACUCUCCUCAUUCUAUACAUAAAAAACUGCCAAAUUCACUAGGACUUUGAAAAUAUUUUUCCGAAUUUCGAAAUUUAUUUCGAAGAGUAUUUUCAAGGGUGUAGUGUCUUUCGAACCAGUGAUGAGAAAUAGUUACUUUUUUUUGUUAACAAAGUUACUUUUGUAAAUAAGUAAAGAAUUGGUAACUAUUUACAGUUUUUUUCAGCAAGAGUAAUCAUAAAAAUCAUUACUUUUUUAGUUGCAUUUUAAAUGUAACGAGCCUUUUUUUUAGUUUUUGAUCUACUGGUCUCAACCAAAAAAUUUAAAUGUAAAAAAAUUUUUAAUCCGCCGGAAUUUGAACCCAGGUAUACAGAUUUUCAGUCUCGUGCUCUACCCAUUAAGGAGCACCAAACCGGCUCUCGGUAGACCUGGGAUCGAAUCCUAGCAAAGCAAAAAUUUUUUUCAGAUAACAUUUUUUCUUAGAUCAGUAGAUCAAAAAGUGUCUUUUGAUCGACGAGAAAUCAAUAAAUUUCAUUGGUUUUGUAAAGAAUUUUUUCAUUUUCCCCGAAUGAAAUGAAAAACGAAAUUAACGGAUGAAAAAGUCGCAAUUUUGUACACUUUUCUAAAGCUCAAAAAA